UUUCUUCAUUUAUUUAUGAGAAAAAGCUUUGUUUUAGUUUCGCUUGCAUCUGCAUGCAAAUUCCUCAUAGGAGGGAGAUUUCUGCACAUAUGUUCCAUGAAAUGGUCGAGAUUAAGAGCUUCUUUCAAUCCAUUGAGUAGGGCCUUCUAAUUCUGCUCUGCAACUCACUUUGCCAUCAAUUACUUACCCUCCCUCCUCCUCCCCCACCCACAGCUUGGCCCGCCCUCCCAUGGCCUGGUAAAUAAUUGACAAGCUCUCCUCCCCUCACUGCUGUGUGUCUUUCCAUCCUUCCAACCUCUUUGUAGUGUCCCUCAUUAGGAUUUCCAUCCAAGUGACCGCCCACCUCCCUCACUUGCAGCAUGUCUAGUUUCCACCUGCUGCCUGCUGGAUGUCGACGGCGGUCGGAAGAAGAGAAGCAGCUGUACGUAAGACAAAAAACAGUCAAAAAAAUUAUACAAAUGUUACUGUAGCACAAUUAGACAAUUAAUAUUUAAUAAUUCUAUGAUCUUAAUAAUCGGUGAUUUUCAUCUUACUUGACACUGUUGUGGUUAGCACAUCUUCAAAGUCAGUUGUAUGUAUUAAAUAUUGUUUUCUUUUGCCAGUGUAAGUGUGCAGAACCAUGAGGGACUUCAUCUUCAUCCUGCUGACUGUGUCAGCUACAUCCUCACGCUCUCACAGCAACUGGUGUGAGCUGGGUUGUGAUUGUCGUGGUGAUCUGAGGUUCGCCAUCUGCUCACGAGCCUUCUUCACCGAGCUGCCUGGCAGGAUCCCAUCCAACACUGAAAUAUUGGACGUGUCGCACAAUCGCAUCGUCGUCAUCCCUGAGCGCUCAUUCAACAAGAACCGCAAGCUGCGUGUGCUCCUCUUGCAGAACAAUAACAUCAGCGUGGUGCAAGAUGGCGCCUUCUCACAGCUGGAGUUCCUACAGAAGCUGGACCUCAGCUGGAACCGGAUCGCCACCCUGGCCAAGGGUUUCUCAAUGGGUUUGGCCUUCCUGCGGGAACUGCAGUUGGCUCACAACUCACUGAGCAGCCUGGACAGCAGCAGCUUCACACACCUGGAAAGCCUGCAGAAGUUGAACCUUAGUGGCAACAGCAUCCGCACCAUCCAGGUCAGAUCGUUCGCCUCCAUGAGCAUCUUGCGACAUCUGCACCUGGAGGGCAACCGGCUGACUUCUCUGAACAAUGGCAUCUUCUCCAUGCUGCGCUCGCUGGAGCUCCUCAACUUGGCCGGCAACCACAUAAAUGAGACAGAGGCAGGCAUCUUCAAGCCGCUCACCAGCAUGACCCUCCUCAAUCUGGCCAACAACCGGCUGACCAGCAUAUACUUCAAGACCUUCCUGAGCAUUCACACAUACAGCACCCACAUCCUGCUGGGGGGAAACCCCUGGAAUUGUGACUGUGACCUGCAGAGAGUUUUCCGCAAGCUGAGGAGCAUCCAGAGACUCUUCCUGGAUGACUACUACAACCUGACGUGCGCACAGCCCGCAGUGUUGCGCAACUUCCGGCUGAUCCAGGUGGAUACGGAACUGUGCAUUGCUGAAACGGUCACAGUGCUCAUCAUCACCGUGACUGUGGUCAUAACGGUGCUGGCCGCCAUGCUGAUGGGGGAGAGGAAGAGGAAACGGAAGAAGAGAAGGAAGCACUGGACGCAGCAGGGAGAGCUAUCAGACGAGUCGGACUACUGACAUUGAUCCUUUUCAUUUUCCUUUGUAGUGGUACCUUGACUGACGAGUAAUGGCGGUAAUGGUAGCCCCUUGCAAUCCGGCACUAGUACUUAUAGGUGAAAGUCAGCACUGGAUGAGUCCGGUCAUUAAGCACAUGUACUGUAUGUAGAGCAAAGGCACACCUGGAGUUCAGCUGGUGGUGUCAGUCGACCCUGGAUGGUUGGUUUUGGCAGUGUUGUGCUGGAGGGCCUAGCGGCUAAAAUCGUAGCGUAGUGAUCCAGGAAGGAGUUGAUUCUUGACAGAUAACGGUUGUCAACUGGAAACUGCAUUACAAUGGGAGGUUACCACUAAAUUACCAUACAGUGUAGAUUGUCUUUCUGGCACAUACAUUUAUAGACGGUCGAUGGCAAUUACUGUUUUUACUGUCACUUAUGCGUUGUCAAAGGUAUGCAAGUCGUGUGCUGUGGGAGUGGUACGUCAGCACAAGUAGUACAAUUAGAUGUUCACUCUGCGGAAGCGGUUGAUCCACUGUAAUUGUCACAGGGUGAACAGAUUGCUGACUCGUUCAUGGAAUGCUAAUUCAACAUUAAUCCGCACAUUUUGACUGUAUUGAAAUGCUUUGAACCAGUUAUGAUGUCACCAGCUUGCUUGCUUUGAACUGGUUAUUCUGGAUAUGUGGACAAUAAUAGCACGUUAGAGAAAUUUAUAUCUCUUAUUAUAUUCUAUUAUGUUUUUAUGCUGCAGC